UACUUGGAAGUAUGAUAAUUACAAAUUGUUUGCUGAUAAUUUUCAUUUAUAUAUGUCGUUAUUUAUCCUCAUCAUCUAUUCUGUCGUUGGGAAGAAUACUCCAAUAUGUUGUUGGUAAAAUGUUUGAUGUUUAUCCUCUUAGUUUGCUAUUAUGUUGAAUGCCAGGAUCCAGAAGAUGAUGAGGAUGAUAUCGAUCAUAGGAUAGUUGGUGGACAAGAUGCUAAAAAUGGAGCAUAUCCUUACCAAGUGUCAAUCCAGGAAAUAGAGCAGCAUAUUUGCGGAGGUUCGAUUAUAGCAAAUAGAUGGAUUCUCACAGCAGCCCAUUGUAUUGUGGGGAAAACGUUGAGUCGUCUAUCUGUAGUUGCUGGUACUAAUUCUUUAGAUGGAACUGGUAAAAGAUACACCAUUCAAAGAGGUAUUCUUCAUCCUUCCUACGAUAGGACAAGGUCUACGAGCGACAUAGCUAUUUUGAAGUUGAGGGAAACCAUUUCAUUCAACGAAAAGAUUAAGACAAUCAACCUCCCAAAAGUUGACACUCCUAGGGGUGUUCAGUUAACAUUAACUGGAUGGGGAAAAUCAUCGUACCCAGGCCAAGUAGUACGAAACUUGAAAACCAUAAAACUGACCUCGAUUUCCAAUAGCCAAUGUCGUAGAUCCUUUUCUCAAGUUCUUUCCAGUAACCUAUGUACAAGAGGAGACCCUGGAAGAGGAGCUUGUCAAGGAGACUCUGGUGGACCCUUAUCAGACGGAUCUUCUGUGGUUGGAAUCGUAUCCUUCGGUGUUCCUUGUGGCGUUGGACAACCUGACGUUUUCACCAGAGUUUUCAGUUUCAAGAAAUGGAUUACCGAUAAUAUUGUUUAAGAAAUUUACAAAUUACGAAAUAAAAAAAUUGGAACUUUAAACUUGGUUCAUUUAAUUUUCUGAGAUCUCUCAAUCGAUGUAAUAAAAUGAAAAAAAUUA